AUACGUGCUUUUCCUUUCCACCAUAAAUCACCACCAUUUUUCUUCACUCCUUCUCAUCUGAUCUCCAACCUGAGAAACGAACGAAAGAAAGAAAGAAAGAAAGAAAGAAAAGUUACAUUUUUGUUUGUUCAGUCGGUUAGUCAGCCAAACAUGGCGCUAACCUUAGCGGUGUUGCUAUGUGUCUCGGCUUCUCUGUUCGCCAUUGUUAGGGCGGAAGAUCCGUACAGGUUCUUCGACUGGAAUGUCACUUAUGGCUUCAUUUACCCCCUCGGUGUUCGCCAACAGGGAAUCCUUAUCAAUGGACAAUUCCCAGGCCCGGACAUUCACUCCGUUACUAAUGACAAUCUCAUUAUCAAUGUCUAUAACAGUUUGGACGAGCCUUUUCUCCUCUCCUGGAAUGGGAUUCAAAAUAGGAGGAAUUCUUUUGAAGAUGGUGUGUAUGGAACAACAUGCCCAAUACCACCAGGGAAAAACUUCACAUACAUUCUGCAAGUGAAGGAUCAGAUUGGGAGCUUCUAUUACUUCCCAUCUCUCGCAUUCCACAAAGCCGCCGGUGGGUUUGGAGGGAUCAGAAUCCUUAGCAGGCCCAGAAUUCCUGUCCCUUUCCCUGACCCAUCUGGUGAUUACACCAUUCUUAUUGGGGAUUGGUACAAGACCAAUCACACGGACUUGAAAGAUCAUCUAGAUGGUGGUAAGAAGCUACCUUUUCCUGAUGGAAUUCUCGUCAAUGGUCGUGGGCCCAAUGGUUACUCUUUGACUGUUGAACAAGGUAAAACUUACAGGCUUAGAAUUUCUAAUGUUGGGUUGCAACAUUCUCUCAACUUCCGAAUUCAAAACCACAAGCUGAAGCUGGUCGAAGUGGAAGGAACACACACUCUCCAAACUACCUACUCCUCCCUGGAUGUACACGUGGGCCAAUCAUACUCGGUUUUGUUCACAGCUGACCAGCCCGGACAAGACUACUACAUUGUCGUCUCCACUCGUUUCACGGCUCCUGAGGUGCUCACCACCACCGGUGUCCUUCACUACAGCAACUCCGCCGGCCCAGUCUCCGGCCCACCCCCUGGUGGGCCCACCAUCCAAAUCGACUGGUCUUUGAACCAGGCCCGCUCCAUCAGGACAAAUCUUACAGCAAGUGGACCAAGGCCGAACCCACAAGGGUCGUACCACUAUGGUCUUAUCAACUUAACCAAGACCUACAUACUAUCCAGUUCCGCGGGGCAAAUAAACGACAAGCAAAGAUACGGUUUCAACAGUGUCUCCUUUGUCCCAGCAGACACUCCCCUGAAGCUGGCCGACUACUACAAUAUCGGAGGAGUCUUCCGCGUUGGAAGCAUAUCCGACCGGCCUUAUGGCGGCGCAUUGUACCUUGACACUGCAGUUCUCGGUGCUGAUUAUAGAGCUUUUGUCGAAUUCGUCUUCCAAAAUGAUGAAGAUAUAGUGCAGAGCUUGCAUUUGGAUGGUUAUUCCUUCUUUGUGGUUGGAAUGGACGGAGGUCAGUGGACUGAGUCUAGUAGGAAUCAGUACAAUCUCCGCGAUGCAGUUUCACGUUGCACCACUCAGGUAUAUCCCAAUUCAUGGACUGCCAUAUACGUGGCUCUUGAUAAUGUGGGUAUGUGGAACUUGAGGUCCGAGUUUUGGGCACGACAGUACCUGGGACAACAGUUGUACUUGCGUGUAUAUACGACAUCAACUUCUUUGAGAGAUGAGUACCCAAUUCCCAAGAAUGCACGUCUUUGUGGUAAAGCAAGUGGGCGACACACGCGACCCCUCUAAACAAAAAGUCCCCAACGACAUUAUUCACCAACGGUUUGGGUAGGAAGGCGCCUAUCUAAGAGCUUUAGUUUGAUGAAGAGUAGAGUAUAGUUUGGCAUUUGGUUCUAAUUUAUUAUUCUUGGGUGCUUAAUUUUUCUUGUCAUGAUGUGAAAAUGAGUAUGUGCCGCUUUAAAUAGCACUCUUUAAUAGGUCCUCAGCUCGAGGUCUCAUUCUUUCUCUAUAUGAUCUAGAACAGAUUGUAUUGCCGUUUUCAUUUGUUUUGAGUUUUCAUAUACCUAAUUAUAUGUAAUCAUAAUGUGAGGUGACCUUGAAGUUGCCUCUCAAGUCUUCUAGUAAUACCUUUUGAGUUUUGUU